AUGGAUAAUCCGGGAAUUCAAACCUCGGAUCUUCCCCAUUCGCUCCAUCUUGACUCGCUCUCAGGUGUUGCUGAGGAUGCAUCCACAUUGGCAGCGGCACAAGCACAACACCAGCAUGAUAUCCAAGAACAUGUCCAUAGUGCUGAGUCCACUGACGCGCAGUCAUUGCAUCCUCUACAAACGGCCGUUGGUACCUUAGACUCAUAUUCAAUCCAGCAACAAGAGGAGCAAAAUGAAGCCCAACCAUUUCGAGAACCAUUCAACAACCUACCCCCCCGCGACAAUUCCCAUUCUCUGCACAUGCAGCCACAGUGCAAUACCUUCUCCGAGGCUUCGAUCUUCUCACCCAAGCAGGGCGGCUACCUCCGAGACAUGCCAUCGGUCGUGGACCCGCCUGAUCUGGACCUGUGGAGAGAAAGGUUGUUUAAUGUGGAUGAGACGAUUGUGCUAAGUGAAGAGCAAUUCCUGACUUACUUCCCGCACGUGGAUAACAUCUACUCUCACCGUUCUACGCAGCAUUACAAACGCAAGCCGCUCAUCUCACAUUAUUGGGACUGUCGAUUGAAAGGCCGCCCGCCCGGGACUCCCAAGUCCGAUGAUCCGAACAAGAAGAAGCGGAAACGAACAGCGCGCCAACGGGAUCUCUGCGAUGUGAAGAUCAAAAUCACGGAGUAUUUCCCCGGGUACAGCCCGAUGAUGAUCGCGGAGGGCGCCGCCAAUGACGCCGGGGCCGCUCUAGGCGCGGAGUCACUCUCCAGCGGGGAGGCGGUGUUUCCUCCGCCUGAGGAUCGGGAGCCUCGCGAUCGCCAGCCAUUUGGGGUGCUGACGCCUAAUCCGCCGUUACCUGAGGGUCAUCCUGGGGCCAAUGGACAGCGGUUCUUCACCAUCCAGCGGGUUAACGGGAACGGUGCCAAUGGGAAGAAUGACGGGGUAAGCGGUGGGCAUCGGCAUACAUUAGAAGAGAGUGAUCGGGUGAAGAAGAAUAGUGUACAGCGGUAUCUGCUGAAGGAGGCGAGGGAGAAGAAGAAGGCACAUUCGUUCUACCCUCGGAGUCUAAUUCAACCCGCACAAAAGGUCAGGACAAUGUCUACUCAAAACCAGCCGCCACAGAAGACAUAUCACACAAAAGCCACAGGCUUAGCUGCUGCGACGGUGUUGAAUCGUUCCAGCGUGAAUGAACUGAAAUUGUAUGGCAGCUGUUUCUGUCCCUUUGUGCAGCGUGUAUGGAUAGCCUUGGAGGCCAAGGGCAUUCCUUAUCAGUAUAUCGAAAUAGAUCCCUACAAAAAGCCCCAGUCCCUAUUGGAAGUGAAUCCAAGGGGCCUUGUCCCUGCCCUGCGACACGGAGAUUGGGGUUCAAGAGAUAUUGACACUUUCAUGCAGCUUGAAGACUUGAACACCGGCCCGCCCCUGCUCCCGCCAGGAGAUGCGAAGUUGCGAGCCCAUUGCCGACUCUGGGCAGAUUUUAUCAAUCGCAAAAUAGUGCCCAACUUCUACCGCGUCCUUCAGGAACAGGAUGAGCAGAAGCAGAUUUCAAAUGCGCAAGAGCUAAAGGACGCAUUCGCGACGCUAGUGAAUGCCGCCGACACACAAGGGCCAUUCUUCCUGGGGGCUAAUAUGUCCUUUGUGGAUGUCCAGGUGGCUCCUUGGAUCAUUCGAUUGAACCGCGUCUUGAAGCCCUACCGCGGUUGGCCGGACCCCGACGCAGGGAGCCGAUGGGGCGCUUGGGUCAACGCUAUCGAAGUUAAUGAGCACGUCAAAGCGACGACAAGUGACGAUGAGCUCUAUUUUGACAGCUACGAACGAUAUGCCCAAAACCGCCCCAACACUUCUUUGCUUGCGAAUGCGAUCAAUUCUGGAAGAUCUCUUCCAUGA